AUGUCCUCUCACGAGAACGAGAAGGAUGCGACCGGCCCGUCCGCGUCGCACGUCGGCACCCACGUCGGCGGCCUGGCCACCACCCGAGACGUUGAGCGUAUCGAGGCGCCCGUAACCUGGCAGGCCUACCUCAUCUGCGCCUUCGCCUCUUUCGGUGGUAUUUUCUUCGGUUACGAUUCCGGUUACAUCAAUGGCGUCCUCGGGGCCCCUAUCUUCAUCAACGCCGUCGAAGGUGUCGGUGCCAAGGCCAUCUCCGAGUCCAACCAAUCGCUCAUCGUCUCAAUCCUGUCCUGCGGUACCUUCUUUGGCGCUAUCAUCGCUGGUGAUGUGGCCGACUUCAUGGGCCGCAAGUGGACUGUCAUUCUCGGCUGCCUCAUUUACAUCAUCGGUUGCGUUAUCCAAAUGAUCACGGGUCUCGGGGAUGCCCUCGGAGCCAUCGUCGCUGGUCGUCUGAUCGCUGGUAUCGGUGUCGGUUUUGAGUCCGCCAUUGUCAUUCUGUACAUGUCCGAGAUUUGCCCUCGCAAGGUUCGUGGCGCCUUGGUGGCCGGCUACCAGUUUUGCAUCACCAUCGGUCUCAUGCUUGCGUCCUGCGUCAUCUACGCCACCAAGGACAGGGCCGACACUGGGCAGUACCGUAUCCCCAUCGCCAUCCAGUUCCUCUGGGCCAUUAUCCUUGGUGUUGGCCUGAUGUUCCUGCCCGACUCGCCGCGCUACUUUGUCAAGAAAGGUGAUCUUAAGAGGGCCACCGACUCGCUCUCGCGCCUCCGCGGUCAGCCCAAGGACUCCCAGUACAUCCAGGUGGAACUUGCCGAGAUUGUCGCCAACGAGGAGUAUGAGCGUCAGCUCAUCCCGUCCACCACUUGGUUCGGCAGCUGGGCCAACUGCUUCAAGGGUUCGCUCUGGAAGUCCAACUCGAACCUGCGCAAGACCAUUCUCGGCACUUCGCUCCAGAUGAUGCAGCAAUGGACUGGUGUCAAUUUCAUCUUUUACUACUCGACUCCUUUCCUCAAGUCGACCGGCGCCAUCUCGAACGAGUUCCUCAUCUCGAUGAUCUUCACCAUCAUCAACGUGUGCUCGACCCCCAUCUCCUUCUGGACCGUCGAGAAGUUCGGCCGCCGCACGAUUCUCUUCUGGGGCGCUCUGGGCAUGCUCAUCUGCCAGUUCCUAGUCGCCAUCAUCGGCGUCACCGUCGGCUUCAACCACACGCACCCCGACCCGCUGGACUCGACCAAGACCGUGGCCGACAACGUCUCCGCCGUUAACGCGCAGAUCGCCUUCAUUGCCAUCUUCAUCUUCUUCUUCGCCUCUACCUGGGGUCCUGGUGCAUGGAUUGUCAUUGGCGAGAUUUUCCCCCUGCCGAUUCGCUCCCGUGGCGUCGGUCUGUCGACCGCCUCCAACUGGUUGUGGAACACCAUCAUCGCCGUCAUCACCCCCUACAUGGUGGGCGAGCACCGCGGCAACCUCAAGUCGUCUGUCUUCUUCGUCUGGGGCGGUCUCUGCACCUGCGCCUUUGUCUACACCUACUUCCUCGUGCCCGAGACCAAGGGUCUGUCGCUUGAGCAGGUCGACAAGAUGAUGGAGGAGACCACGCCGCGUACCUCGGCCAAGUGGAAGCCGACCACGACCUUUGCUGCCGCCCAGGCCGCCGACGACGGUCUGCUCCACAAGGGCAGCGAUAUGGCUGUGUAA